AUGCGCCCGUCGUCCGACACGACCCUCCGUGGCUUGAGCGGCGAGCCCUUCAACUCCGACAAUGCGUCCACCAAGGUCUCCCUCAUGGACCCGAGACUGCGCGACGGGCGCAAGGCGUUCCUCAAGGCCGCAGCGCUCGGCCUCGCAUUGACGACGCUGUGCAUGUUCGCCGUCUUGCCCAUAUACUGGGGAUCCUACUUCCGCCUGCCCGACAACCUGUACCGCCUCACCGUCGGCCUCAUCGACCUCGACUCGCCCGGUGCCGCAGCGACCGGUCGCAUGGCCGUCCUCGGCCCGGCCCUCAUCUCUGCGCCGUCCCGCAUCACGUACAAGUACAAGGUCGGCUACACGACGCUCGACAACACGCAGUUCGACAUCAGCGGCGCAACGGGCGGCAACCCUCGCGGCGUCGACGUCCACCAGUGGGCUGCCGAGGCCGUCCAGAACGAGGACUACUUUGCCGUCGUCAUCGCCAACGCCAACGCGACAUCGGCAGCCGUCUCGGCGUUCGAGCAGCUCGUCGGCGGCGCGCAGACGUCCUACAUGGCGCAAGGCGCGCUCACGCUCUACUAUUCCGAGGGCCGCAACUUCGAGACGGUCGACCAAUGGCUCACGCCCGACAUCACGCGCCUCAUCAACACGUACACCGUCCCUCAAGCCAGUCGCGAGCUCGUCGCCCAGUUGGCGCCCCGACUCGCAGGCCUCGGCGACGCGGCGUACGCCGGCAUCAACCAGACGGCGCUCUCGAGCGUCCUCAGCCGGCCGUUUAGCCAGGCGACGUGGAACCUGCGCCCGGUCGACGAGUUUGCCGGCAUCCCGGCGACGACGGUCGGCAUGCUCUACCUCCUCGUCUUUACCUACUUCGUCUCGCUGUUUGCGUUCAACGCCCGCCAGUCGAUCGAGAACAAGCUCCGACUCGGCGACCUCAUCGCCCUGCGCCUCCUCGUCCCGGUCGUCCAGUACCUCUUCAUCUCGCUGUGGAUCUCGCUCGUCACCCUCGUCUUCAAGGUCUCGUUCGAGCGGUUCUACGGCCACGGCGGGUUCCCGCUGUUCUGGUGCAGCAACUUUUUGGCACAGUGGGCGGCGGGCAUGCCGAUGGAGGUGGCGCUCUCGCUCCUCGGGCCAAAGUACACGGCCUUUUUUCUCAUCUUGUGGAUCAUCCUCAACAUCAGCCCCGUCUUCUACGACAUCGCCAACCUCGACCACUUCUACUCGUACGGCUUUGUGACGCCCAUCUACCAGGCCGUGCAGAACGGCAAGACGAUCAUCUUUGGCACCAAGCAGCGCUUCGGCCAGUACUUUGGUGUCGAGAUCGCCUGGGUCGUCGUCGGCACGCUCGUGCUCGUCGCCGUCAUCGUCGUACAGCGUCGCAAGGCCGAGCGGCAAGCGCGCGAGGAGCAGGCGCAGAGGAAGGAGGGCAAGGCGCAAUAGAGCUGUAGAGCGCGUGUGUACUGUCACCUAUGUGUCACUUGUC